CCAACUUCACAUUUCACAUUUGCUGAUUCCAGCUUCACAGCCUUGCCAGACAUGGCGUUCACUGCCUCGACUCUGACAUGGUCGGCUGUUGUUCCUAAUGUCGUCGUAUCUGUAGCACAGUCUCACCGAUUAUGUGCAAAACCCGUUAAAGUAGCCAAGCUUUCCGUCGGAAGGCAGUCCAGAGUGGUCCCCAUCAGGGCGUCCAACUCUACUGACACGUUCGAUGCAGACACAGGAGCGACCGCUAACUUGAAGGAAUUCCUCAGCGAUUUGAAGAACGUCGGCAGGGCAAGUGUCCAGUGACGGUCCGGCUGAUUGUUAACACUGGAAUGGGCGUGCUAGAGUCAGUUACGACUCUAGAAGGUCUUUUCUACCACACACUGCCAGGCAAAGGCGAGUAUGCCAAUGUCAUCAAGGCAGAGGAAAAUGUGGACUUUCACCUCCUGUUGAGCUCGGUUUCUGGUGCGAGGCUGGUUACGGGAAAGUCCAUGCGAGGCGACUUUCCUACAUACACUAUUCGGUUCUUGAACGCGGAGAAAGAAGUCGGAGCCAGUGUGUUCGUCAUGUGGAAACCAGGCACCAUGGGCGACUAUGAUAAUGGCCAAGUUGAUGCUUACCAGUCACUUGUCAGCAAGUACGCUGAAGAGGUGUCUUUUGCCACAACCGAGUAUGAUAUCUAAAGGAGCUUUCAGGGCGAGUCAAGUGUUGGCUCAUUGAUAGUAGUUCCUACACACACUAUUUUAUGAGGUGUUCACCAUAUUCAACAGCUGUUGGGUUCCUUUUUCUACUGGCUUCAUGGUUUCUCACAA